AUGUCAUUGGCCAUGAUUAGCUCCUACACGCUCCCACGCUCUCAGAGAGCCGUCGUGCAAGGAGAAAAGGGAGAACCAAUACUCGCCAGCGACGUGCCUCUCCCGCCCCUCCUGGAAGCGACAGUAUUGGUGAAGACGGCGGGCUUUGCACUCAAUACCUACGACUAUAAGAUUGGCAGCCUCCAGACGUACCCAGGCGCCAUCAUCGUCAAUGACUUCGUGGGAGCUAUAGUCAAGAUCGCGAACGACACCACAACUGAGCUCCGCGUAGGCGACGUGGUGCUCGGCACGGUGCACGGCUCCAACCCCUCCGACGCGCACAGCGGGGCCUUUGCCGAGUACGUCCGCGCGCCGGCUGACCUCCUGCUGCGGGUGCCAGAGGGUCUCGCCAUCGAGGAAGCGGCGACAUUCGGCCUGGCCUUGACCACGAGCGUCCUGCGCGCUCCGGUUCUCGUCUACGGUGCGAGCACGUCCACCGGCGCGAUGGCGUUACAGCUCCUACGCCUGGCGGGAUUUUCACCCAUUGCCACGUGCUCGCCGCGGAACUUCGACCUGGUGCGCACACGGGGCGCUGCUGCCGUCUUUGACUACGCCGCGCCGGGGACAGCCGAGCAGGUGCGCCUGCACACGGGCGAUCGGCUGUGCCAUACCGUCGACUGCAUCGGAGACAGGGAGUCGGUGGCUUUCUGUCAGGCCGCCAUCGGGCGCACCGGCGGCCGAGUCGCGCGCCUGGAAGUGUGUCCGGGGGCGCUGCGCACCCGAAGGGCUGUCAAGGUCGAGUUGGUGAUGGCGCUUGAGGUUUUCGGGAAGGAGGUGGCGUUGCCGGAACCCUACUACCGGGCGGCUAACCAGGAGAAACACGAUGCGGAAGCGCAUUUCUUCACCGUGUUCCAGAGACUGCUGGACGACGGGAAGUUGAAGCCGCAUCCCGUGCAGCUGGUUCCCGGUGGCUGGAUUGGGGUAUUGGAUGGGCUUCAUCGGUUGAGAUCUGGCGCCAUCUCGGGCAAGAAGUUGGUCGUCUUACUCUAA